CAAUUCCCCGGACGCGGCCGGAGGCGUAAGGGCCGGCUUCAGUGGACGAUGCCGCUGUGCGCCCAGGAUGUCGUCGCGUUUGCUCCCAUUCCUCCUCACGAUCUCCAGCCUGAGGUUGGGCUUCCGCGCACACGGGACAGAACUGCCGAGCCCUUCCUAUGUGUGGUUUGAAGCCAGAUUUUUCCAGCACAUCCUCCGCUGGAAGCCUAUCCCAAGCCAGUCUGAGAGUACCUACUACGAAGUGGCCCUCAAGAAGUACGGAACCUCGAUCUGGAAAGACAUCCACAUCUGUAGAGAGGCUCAGGCAUUGUCCUGCGAUCUCACAUCAUUCACCCUGGAUCUGUACCACAGCUAUGGCUACCGGGCCAGAGUCCGGGCAGUGGACAACAGUCAGUACUCCAACUGGACCGUCACUGAGACUCGUUUCACAGUGGAUGAAGUGAUUCUGACAGUGGGUAGAGUGACUCUGGAAGUAACCAACGGCUUCAUCUACGGGACAAUUCAUCCCCCCAGGCCCAAGAUAGCCCCUGCAGGGGACGAGUAUGAACAGAUCUUCAAGAACCACCGCAUGUACAGUGUUUCUAUCCGGAAGUUGUCGGAACAAAAGAAUACAACCAAGACAGUGAAACAGGAAAACUUCACCCUCAAGGUCCCCAAAGGGAUGAGAGAAUUUUGUGUUAAGGUGUUGCCCCGCGUGGAAACCCGAAAUAACAAUGCAGAGUGGUCAGAGGAGCAGUGUUUACGCAUCACAAUGGAGCAGUAUUUCACCGUGACCAACCUCAGCAUCAUAUUCGCAUCUAUUCUGCUGCUCUGUGGAGUCCUGGUCUGCCUGGUUCUCCUGCGGUACAUCCGGCGCCCAGGGAAGUUGCCUGCUGUCCUGGUCUUCGAGAAGCCUCACGACUUCUUCCUGGCCGACCCUCUCUGCCCAGAAACUCCCGAUGCCAUUCACGUCCUGGACCUGGAGGCCUUCCCGAAGGUGUCACCAGAGCUGAAAGACUCAGACCUGCAUGGCAGCACUGACAGUGGCUUUGGCAGUGGCAAACCAUCACUUCAGACUGAAGAGUCCCAAUUCCUCCUCCCUGGAUCCCACCCCCAGAUACAGGAGACUCUGGGAAAGGAAGAGCCUCCAGAGCUACAGGACAACACGGACAGUGGGAUCUGCUUGCAGGAACCCAGCUCACACUCCAGCAUGGGGCCCACCUGGAAGCAGCAGCUCGGAUAUAGCCACCAGGACCAGGAUGACAGCGAUGUUAACCUAGUCCAGAACAUUCCUGGGCAGCCUAAGUACAUACAGGAUGGCUCUGCCUUGGGCCAUGUCUGUCUUCUAGAGCCUAAAGUCCCUGAGGAGAAAGACCAAGUCAUGGUGACAUUCCAGGGCUAUCAAAAACAGACCAGAUGGAAGGAAGAGGCAGCAGACCCAGCGGAACACUUGGACAAAGAGAUUCCCUUGACGGGUGCCUUUGAUCCUGAACUUGGGGUGCACCCGCAGGAUGAUUUAGCUUGGCCUCCACCAGUUCUGGCUAAGGGUUACUUGAAACAGGAGUCUCAAGGGAUGGCCUGUGCUCCACCAGGGACACCAAGUAGACAGUGGAAUCAACUGGCCGAAGAGUGGUCACUCCUGGGUGUGGUUAGCUGCGAAGACCUAAGCAUAGAGAGUUGGAGUUUUGGCACUAAACUUGCCCCUUUGAACUGUGGGGCAGGCCCUGGUAGCCUCCUGGAUAGCCUUGGCUCUAACCUGGUCACCCUGCCGUUGAUCUCCAGCCUGCAGGUAGAAGAAUGACAGAGGCUAAGGGUUCUUUGUAUUCCAGCCAUGCCUGCUCCCCUCCCUGCACUUGGGAGGCUCAGGAGUCAAAGAAAUACAUGGGUCCUUUCCUGCAGACCCACUGUGGCAGGCUAGCCAGACUCCACAGGGCAGGAAAAGGCCACCUUGCUGUGUGAGUGUCCAGUAGAUGAGAGGUUGUGGCUAGUCUGUUGAGUGAGGCCCUGUAGACACCAGCAGAGCUGAGCAAGGACCGUCACACCUCAGGGCAGGGUCCCGCACUGGAAGGACUUGUGUUUGGGUGGAACCUUAGGGCUUUCUGGAUGUGGUAAGACUGCAGGUCUGAAGUCAGAUCAGCCUGGAUGUCUGCGGAGGUGCUGGAGAGGCUAGCCUGCUGCAGGGUGAAAGGAGAGCUCAAGAGACGAAGGGCAGAGCAGGAGCCAGGUUUAAUUUUGUCGUGUAAAGAUACUCCCCGGCUAGACAGGUCACUUGUCACUGGGAGAUCUUGGGGUACACACCUCCCUUGAUGAUAGGCCAGUCAAUUCAGAACUGUGGGUCAAAAGGGACUGAGACCCAGAAUUUCUGUUCCUCUUGUGAGGCGUCUCUACUAGCCAUCUGCAGUCAUCUUCAUCUUUUUAAUAUGGCUGUGUCCCCUGAAUUACCUGCAGUGGCCAAGACACUGCUCCCUGCUGUUCACUAUUGUGAUGUCAGACCAGACAAAAAACGAUGGCUUUCUGGGUUAGCACACUACCCUUUAGGUGGCUUUGGGCUUGGGCACUGGCCCAGGCUUAGGACUUAUGUCUGCUUUUGCUGCUAAUUUCUAACUGCAGACCCAGAGAACAGGGUGUUGGGCUGACACCUCUGUGUUCAGCUGUGUGACCUUGGACCAGCUGCUUCCUCAGGGGAUUAAAAUAAUGACUAGAUCAUACGGAAGUCCCUCAUGCUGAAUGUUAACUAACUUGGCCCUGGGGUGAUACUUUAAGGUUCUGCCAACCUCUGGGCUGGAAGGAAGUGGACUACGGAAACCAUCUGCCCAUGGGCAGCUUUUGCCUCAUGCCGGUGUUUCAGAGAUCUCAUGGGAGCCUAGGGCCUUGUGCCAAGAUAGCUGCUAGUCACUGGGGUCCAGGGCUGGUCCCUGCUUCCCUGUGCUGCAUUUGAGACCUGUCUUCAAACAGAGGGUGUUUGCAGACCCCCCCAAGCAAGGAUGCAGAGAGGAAGCACAGGGCCACUGAUCCCUGAUCCCAGAGUUUUCUCUGAAGCUUUCCAAAUAUAGACUGUGUGACCCGGUGAGGCCAGCCAUGAACUUUGGUGUCCUGCCAAGAAGGUCAUGAUGCUAGUCUGGUACCAGAGCUUCUUCUGGAACUGGGAGACCUCUUUGAGAUCCCCCUCGGAACAUUUAUUUAUUUAUUUGCUCACUUAUUUAUUGAGGAGGCAGUGUGGCACAGGGCUCUGGGUCUCUCAGGAGAUCUAGUUUUGCCUGUGUCAUUUCUAGCUGUGUGACCUUGGGCAAGUCACGUUUCCUAGUGGAGCCUCAGUUUUCCCGUCUGUAUGUAAAACUUGAAUAUUGAAAUACACCGGAUGUACCCAAUCCCUAAGGAUGUUGAGUCCCACUGAGAAAAUGGAUGUGCCUCAAAUGGAACAAGUGGUGUGUGUUUUCAUCCCAAUAAAAAGUCAGGUGUCUUGUGGAA